UGUUACCAGUCCGCAGGACCACUUGCCGCUGCACUCCUUCGUGCAUGGCCGGACCUUACCUACUUCGUCGAGAACGGCCGUUUCGCAUCGUCAGUGUCGCCAGGACAAAAUACGUCUGAACGGCGUUCUACGUUCAAUAAUCUAACAAAAUCUAAAGAUAUCAGCCUCAAAGAAUGCACGAGAGUACGUCCGACACCGACGAAGAUUUCUUCGACGCAUUAGCGCUGUUGCAUUCGACGGAGCAAGACAGCGCGGAGAAGCUUCGUCGGAUGCUGGACGCCUGUAUCGAAAGAAAGCACGGCCACGAAAAAACUUUAGUUGUGAGAAUGUCGAACGCAGCACAAAACGCAUCCGCUCUUCCGAUGCACACCUCGAAGAGGCACGAUCACGUAACGCAAGGCGGUAACGCGAUAAAAACCGAGAUCCGGACUGGCGAUCCUGAGACCAUUUCUCUUCUCGAAGCUAACGAAGCGGAGAACAUUAAGACUCAUCGGACGCCCGGCGUAAAAGUGUUCGAGAUCGAUUACGAGGACUGCUGCGAGGACGAGGAAGACAUUCCCAGGAUCUCGAUCCCCGACGAAGGAUCCGCCGACGGGACAGCUGUGUGCAAGAUCUGUAACGGCGCGAAACUGGGACCUCUGAUUUUGCUGGAGUGCCAGGAGUGUCAGGAGGCUUAUCAUCCGCUGUGCCAUCAACCCCCGGUCAUCGACGUUGACGUUUACGACCCUAGAUUCGUGUGGCGAUGCGGACGGUGCGUCGUCGGAGCCCCGUCGGUGACUUCUACGAGGGUUAAAAUUAUGGAGAAGAGGCCCGUGAGGAAAGUUCGACGAAAUAGCGAUACGGUCAAAGAGAAUGCAAACAUCUCGGGAUUGAGAAUACCUGGGAAAAGGGACGGGGAUUUGUUUGGAAAGAACGAUUUGUCGAUAGAAGACAGAAGCACUACCCAGUUAUGCGAUUCUUCAUUAUUUGCAAAGGACUUGGCGAAUAUUUCGCAGAGAAAUAGAAGUCUACCACUAUCCACGUAUUCGCGAAAAAGAAUUGGAUCUAAGCUUUCCGUUACCCGUAUUUCGUCAAUUAAAUGAGACAUAUAGAACGCAGGUUUGAUGAGAUUUUUAUCUUUUAUUGAAUUCUCUCUAAAUCUCUAUCUUUUGUUAUUCCCUAUGUAUAUAAAAAUAAUAAAAUACGUAAAAUAUAAAAAACAUGAUAAAAAUGACACUGUAGUGUCAUUUAUGGUUAUAUAGAAAUAAAACUUAAUUUUGAAAAUAAUCCUCGAUAGAAUAAGAAAAAUGUAUGCUAUAUUAAUUAUUACAUUUGCAUUACGCUAAUGUAUAUAAAGAUUGUUUAAUGCAUUAAACAUUUGAAACUAUCAAAA